AUGAAAUUGGCUGGACAAAGUCCAUCCUCAUCGAUCAGUUCGGUUCCAAGUUCAGCCACCCAUAAAGAUCCGGUUGCUCGGAAGAAGGAGUUUUUACGCCGACGUCGAAUGCAAGCGGACAGUCAAGGAGCAAACAAAGUUAUUGAGGGUAUGUCACAUGUGGCGGGUGCAGCACGAGAACAGCUGGAACACGAAGCAGCAGCCGAAAAUAUCAAAAUGCACUCAUGGAAGGAUAAAAUUGAGCAGCAGAAGCCGCACAUCGAUUACAGCGAAGUGUUCGAUGAAGAAGUGGGACAGGAGGAAGGAAUGUGGGUUUGGGAGAUUGAAAAUUUUUAUCCAAGUUUGCUCGAUCAGUCGCUCCAUGGACACUUCUACGACGCCGAUUGCUACCUCAUAUUACACACAUCUAAGGAAGAUUCUGGUGCCUUGAAACAUGCGAUUUUUUAUUGGAUUGGUGAAAAUUCGACGCUCGAUAAGGGAAUGUGUGCUGCUGUUCAUGCUGUUAAUCUGAGAAAUCAUCUUGGCGCGACAUGCAGGACAGAACGUGAAGAAAUGAACGAUGAAUCUGAUGAUUUUCUGGAAUUGUUUGGUGAGGAAAUUACGUAUAUCGAAGGAGCGCGAACGUCAUCCGGCUUCUAUACAGUGGAAAAACCGGCACAUGUUACGCGGUCUGUAUUUUUUAAAUUUUUUUUACGCGUUUGAGU